AUUUGGUUGUCGAGUCAGUUGUUUAAUAACGUUUUAGAAUAUGUAUGUGGAACUAAUGUGCAGCUUAGAUUUGACAAAAAAUAUGAAUAUUUUGUGAAACUGUAUUUGAAGAGGUUUUUUUUGUGGUUACAACACCCCCGAAAUGCCGACAAGUUCGUCCGCAAGUUCUCUCUCUAUGAGUUGGAGAACUUACAGUCCUGGAAGUACCUCGACAACUACGUCCACCAAAUCAGUGGAUUUAACACGUAAAUCAACAUCACCAUAUAAACCUGGUCGUACUACGGUUGCACCGGCUGAUAAUAUGGGUAUGAAAUUUCCGUCAUGGAGAGAACCUAAACCACUACGUCCAUCCCGACCAAAUACAGCAAUAGAAACACCAACACAGAGCACGACGCCGUUUAUAAGACCUCGAUCGUACGUGCCUAAAGAAAAGAACUUAUUGUCAAGAUUAUCUAAACCCACCACAGCUACUAAACUUAAAACUUUAGAAUUCAACAGAAGGAUCAAUUUUAUUGACUGUACUAAAUAUUUUUCCUGGUCAAAUAUGAAGCUUUACCAGGAUCAAACGAGGAUGUUUUAUACUAGAAAUGGUGGUUUAAGAAACUCGGCUAAAUCUACAUCUAGUUCCAGGACAAUGUCCUCUCCGAAGAAAGUGUGGUAGAUUUGACUUAAUUUUAUAUUUACCGGGCAAGAAGGCAAAUAUUCAUCAAACCAUCAUAAAAUUCACCAAAAUGGAAUUGUGUGUGUGUCUUAGAUGUGGAAAAACAUCAUCAGAUUAACCCCGUGUUAAAAAACACAACAUUGCAUCAUAGUAAACAAUUAUUUUAUAACUGUUUAUUUUCGCCGUUUAAUGGGUUUUAUGGUUUUAAUAAUUCAGUUCAUUUCAAGUAGUGACUAUAUUCAUGAGUGAAUUAUUAUUAUACUUCAUGUUAAAUUACCAGAUUUUGAUUGGGUAAUACAAGGCAGAUGAUUUACUCUAUCCAAUGGUUUCGCGGGAGAACGUGUUUCGAAUGUCACCCUCUCGGUCAGACCAUUAAUGUUAUGUAUAAAAAAGUCAUAUUUAA